GGAAAGUUCUCUUAUAAAAGGUGUAACUCGGGUCUUCGGUUACGAGUUUCUUACACACUCUUGCUGCCGUUAGACAAGAGUGGCGAGAAUGAAAUGUAGAAUAAUCUUCAUCGACAAGGAUGGCAAGGACAGGAGUUCUCAUGCUGACGGCGCUCGUUGCAGUGACUGAGCGUCGUGUGACACCUCCACCCCAGAUAUAUUUCUUAUGUGUUGCUGUAAGUGAAACAAGGAGAGAAGCACCCGUAGAGUCUUACGUGUCGCCUCCUCAGCUGGCCCUUCCAAGGCAAGAGGCUCGUUUCUCCUGCCAGGCUCUCGUGGGUCUCGGAGGCUGCGGAAGGUUUCCGGAGCACACUAUCACGUGGUACAAAUUUGGUGAAGACGGGUCGAAAACACUAGCUGAUAUUUUGCCUCAUACCAAGACCGUGAAGAUGAUGCAAAAGGGAGGAAUGGUGAAAAACGAAUUGAGCAUCAGCCGAGUGGAGUCUGUUCAUUACGGGUCCUACAUAUGUGUUGUCACUAACCAGUACGGAACUCUCGUUCUCAACUCAACACUUUCAAAUGGAGUCCCAAGCGUGAUGAUGUUAGCCGGGCAUUAUCGAGCGGCCGUUGUUGUUAUGACCAUGACUGGCAUCAUGCUUGUACUUAUUCUUCUCUUCUGGUUCCGGUGUCGAAUGAUGGUGGCACUGUACUACCGCGAGAAGACGUUCGUUCCUGAUCCCGAAGACAAACACAAAUACGACCUCUUCGUGAUCCAUGGCGACUCGGCGUCCAAGUGGGUGUGGCGAGUCUUUGUCCCUUCGCUGGAGACGACCCUCGGCUACGCUUGCUUCCUGCCCGAUCGGAACAUGGCCGGAGGGGAGCUUCUCAUAGACGCCAUCACGGAAGCGGUGUCGCGGUGCCGUUGCGUGGCGGUGGUGGUGACGCCGUGCGUGAUGGAGAACCCGUGGCUCCUGUGGGCGCUGCACAGGGGCGUGGACGCGGCGCUCACCUCCAACACUCGCCUCUUCGGGGUCGUGUUGCAGGACAUUCGUCAGUUCCCAAAACAGCCGGAAAACAGCAAAGCCAGGAGCAUCCUGAAGACACUCAGGAAGAUCGACGUCCCCCUGUGCCUUCGCCUGGUGGAGGACGCCGCCCCCGCCGUCGAGCCGGUCACGGAGGAGCCGCCGAGCUGCAUUGCGAACAGGAACCUCAACAUCCCCGACAGGAUCGCCCCCGCCCUCAGAUCCCGCUCGAGGUCCCCGAAGAACCAGCGGCUUGCGAACAUGAUCCUCGGGAGCAACAACACGUCCAGAGAGAAACGGGAGAGGAAGAGUAACAGACAGAAGAAAGAAAUAGAAAACGCUGAACUAGGGCUGAAGAAAGAACUGGGGAAGAGGAAGGAGGGAAGUACGAAUUCGAAGAAGGAAGGACCCGUUGUCUUCACUGAGAAUGAUGACCUGCAGGAGCUGGGUUCCCCGUGCGCGGUGACGCCCUUUCUCUUCCCGAACCGAGCGCGUCCGAGGAGGCGGACGAAUAGAAUGACCCUGAGUAAGUGCCUGAAGCUGAUGUGCGCUGGGGACCCCGAGCAACUCUUCUGGCAGAGUGUCCGGCUGCAGCUGGGUCCGCCUUGCAGCUUGAGGAAGGCAGGCGGCGCCCCGAAGGACUGCACGAUAUAGUUCAUAUAGACUUAAUGAAAUACAGGGGCACGCUCACAUACAUAUACACACUAUAUUUGUCUACUCGCACACCCUCUCUCUCUCACACACACAC